CGUACUCGAACCGGAAGCAUAGGAAAGGUGCACAAAAGCACAAUAAACAAUAAUAAAAAAAUAUAAAACACCCUCGUCUGGCAAGCUGUCACUAGCGCGAGGCUUUUUGUAGGGAUAAAAGUAUCCUAAAUUUGGGGAGAUUUCUUGAAAAAUGUUCCGUAACAAGUAAAUACAACUGCUACAGCUACGGACUAAUGGAAGUGAUACUCGUUUAACACAACAAACCGUAAACGGCAUUCGAAUGGAACUGUGAAUAGAUUGCGACUUGGCGGAGAAGCUUGGCAAAUCCGUGUCCCAGGAACUAAUUGCAAUUAGAUGUUAAUUAAUGUAAUGCUUCACCUGGAACCAUCCGAAAUCUGUAUGCAAAAUGCGAAUGAAGGGCAUCACACUAUCGGCUAUACUGGAGCAAGGAGCGACACGGCGCCGUAAAUCACCUCCCAAAGAAGAAUGUCCGAAAAAGCAAAAACGUGACUCUUGGCGCAAGAUAGCGGCAGUAUUAAACAAGUGCGAAAGCAAACGUACCCAUGAUGAGGUACGACUGUUGGAGAGUGAGCCGGAAGUGGUGAAACAAAUUCUCGAGCGCCGCAAACGCAAUGUAGAGUACAAGGAGCGCGUGCUGGAAACGGAGGAUGAGCCAGACAUUAUCGAAAAAAAGGCGCUGAAGCUAGCCCAAGCGAUUGCCAAAGCGAAUCAUCUGAUCGUAUAUACUGGGGCGGGAAUAAGCACGUCCGCUAAAAUACCAGACUAUCGCGGCAGCCAAGGAAUAUGGACGCUGCUCGAGCAGGGCAAAGACAUAGGAGAGUACGAUUUGUCUCUGGCCGACCCCACCUACACCCAUAUGGCGCUCUUUGAACUGCACCGACGGGGCAUUCUAAAGCACGUACUGUCACAAAACUGCGACGGUUUGCAUCUUCGUUCGGGGUUGCCUCGCUUUUCCCUCUCGGAAGUGCACGGAAAUAUGUACGUGGAGGUGUGCAAGCAGUGCAAACCGAACGCCGAAUACUGGAGACUUUUCGACACGACCCAAUUCACCGCACGGCACUACCACAAGACGAAUCGUCGAUGCCGACGCUGCGGUGGGCCCCUGAUCGACACGAUCGUGCAUUUUGGCGAGAGAGGCCAGCUAAAGUGGCCCCUGAACUGGGCCGGCGUAACACCCCACACAGAGAAGACUGAUUUAAUCCUGUGCAUUGGCUCGAGCCUAAAGGUGCUUCGGAAGUAUACGUGGUUGUGGGCCACAGAUCGGCCGAUCAAAAAGCGGCCUAAGAUCUUUAUAAUCAACCUCCAGUGGACGCCGAAGGACAAGGUAUCGACGCUGAAAAUUAACGGUAAAUGCGAUCAGGUGAUGAUGCUGGUUAUGAAGCACCUCAACAUAGAUGUGCCGGUGUACAACCGGCUGAAGGAUCCAAUAUUUGCUCACGCAACUUUGCUGCUGGCCGACGAACAGCACACUGCUUCACAGCCAAUGCUGAAGAAAACCACUGCCACCACCAAAGAAGAAAACACGGAGGAAUCAGCGAGCAGCGAGCGAGAAAAGGAAACUAAACCAGAAACGAGUCUUUCUGCCAGUACAUGCGCAUCUGCACAGCAAAUGUACCUUAACAACUUAAUCCUUGCCCAACAGCAGAAAAUUAGUACCAAUUAUAAUAUACUGCUGAGCCCGGCGGGUCGUUCAGAAUCGCGAGGAUCACCCGGGCCCGGCCAUUUACCUCCCCUGGUACCCUGCUUGACGACAUCUAGCGGUGCAGGUCAAACGAAAAACGAACCGAACAACAAUCCGACCACAAGCAGUGAAUCUAAAUCACCUCCAUCUUCUCCUCCUGCGAACGUGAUAAAAAUCGACACUGCAUCGAAUCUGUUCGGCAAUCUACGACACGUACUGACAACCAUGAACUCUGUAGGAUGUUCUGGCCUCUUGGACAGUAAACCACGGCCAGUCGAUGAAGCUAAGAGUGCGGAAAAGCUAGUACAAGUUCCCGUGCCACUAUUGCUACAGCCAGGUGUAACAUUAGUUCAGCAACAAAUAAAGGCAGAAAAGAAGAAUAUCUCUGAAAAGAGCGCUUCAAACUCAGGUGUUCUGAACAAGUUGCCAUUGUGUAAUAACAUACAACUUAUCGUGAAGCCGGUAGUUGUAACCAAUCCGCCGCCUGGUUUGGUGCCACUAAACCAACACCGUCCUGACAAUGUAAACCCAUCAUCAAGUUUCGUUGCCUCUGGUACUGCAGUAAAUGAAGCAGAAUCAAAGUUAAAUAGUGUACCAAAAGUGGAACCUAUAGAAGAAACAUCAGUAGGAUGCAAAACUGUGCCAGAAAAGCUUUUGCAGGAGUGUGUCAUCGAACACGAUGCUGAAAAUGUGAAGAGUGAAAAUACAUUGGUUUCCGAUGAAGUGAAAGAUCAGAAUGCAUUUGCAGCUAUAUCGUCGGAGUUGCAGAGGACAGAAGGAAAUAAAAAUGAAAACAUAGCUGUGACGGCUCCGGAACCCAUUCAAAUCAAACUGGAAUGCACCCAGGAGAAUGGCAUGAGAGAAGAAAUUCCUGUAAUGGAUGAAGGUAUGGAUAAACCGACAUGUGUUAAAGAUGAAUGUCUUGUGGAUACAUCGAUUUCAAACACAUCAGUACGAAACGAGUGCGUAGAAGGACACGAGAGUGUAAAUUCUUGCGAAAGGCAUAGUCUUGGAACCACACAAGAGGUUAGCACUGAAAUAGAACCGAAGAUAGAAGAGAACAAAAGUUCAGAAAACACUCUUGACUCAACCCCGGAAAUGGGUGGAACAUCACAGGAAACUGUAACUGCUUCAUGUACAGAAUCUGCAAUGGAACCUUCCGAUAAUAUUAACGCGUUAAAAUGCAGGCCGCAUGAAGAAAAUGAGGUCUCUUUCCCCGAUAUUAUCGAAUGCAUUACGAUAGAUUCAUCAUCUUCAGAGAGUAAUUCUGGGGAGAACCAAGAGAUAGACUUUGACGCAAAUAUUCCAUGCUUUGCCGUUGGCACUUCUACUGUAUGUUCGGAAUCUGGCCCAACGCUUGCAACGGUUAUGAAUGAACGGUCAGAGCAUACCGAACAACUCGGUGAUAAAGAAACUAAGCAUGGGGAAGAAGAACGCCGGGAAGAUGACAAAAUGGUAAGAGAAGAACUGUUACCGACACCGCAUCCAGAUAAUACAAAAGAAGGUGAAACAUCAGAUAAAGAGUCAUGUAUUGGAUCAGAUAUACAACGAGUAGGCACUUUAUCGAUGUCUGUUGAAAAUGAUAACUUCGUUGGAAAUGAAAAUAUGGCUUCAAAUUCCGGAGCAAUUUCUGACGCUAUCGUGGCAUGUGAGUUAGAUGAACUGAGACACAGUGCUACAACAAACCUUGAAAGUGAAGAUGAAUCAUCAUUUAGCAGGAGUUAUCCGGAAUAUGAACAGAAACCAAUUAGUCCUUCGCAUUCACCGAAAAAGAAUGAAGACCAGAUCGAUUGUCGGACUGACGGCAGUUCACAAAAGGACCAUCUAAGAAUAUUAAGCAAAGAGACUGGCUCACCAAUUCACAGCCAAGAAUUGGAUGAACCAGUGUCUAAGGAGUCCUCAAAACAAGAAAAAGCUGAGUUUCCAAACGAGCCAACGCCAGAUACUUCUAAAGAUUCGAAAGCAAGCAACAUAAAGGGUUCUUUGAGUGAAACAACAAACUCACCAGAUGAGGAUGUCAUAAGCAGCCAAGAGCAUGAUGCGGCCCUGAAUGCUGAGAAUGUUAUUGAUUGUGAGUCAUAUGAGCCAUCCAAAAUUGUUGAAGAAGUGACCAAAACUGAUCCACACACAGAGACAGUAGUAGAAGAUUUAUCGGUUGGUGAAUUAUCUGCUAAAGGCAAUUCGAAUUGCAAAGCUGAGCAAAUGCCGUCAUGCCAUGAACAAAAUCAUUGCACAACUGUCAACCAGUCAGAUCAGUUGGAAGUGUCGAAGUUGUGUGAUGUUUCGAACAUGAUCAACAACAAAGACGAUCGGACAAGCUCGACCGAGAAAGAAACAGCCACUGUUACUGCUGAACAAGAAAUACCGAUAACGAAGUCUUUUGGUGGGGAAGCGACAAUGAUCGAUCUGGGCAGCGAAGAGUCCUGGCGCAGAUAUGAAACAUUCGAUGACAUUGAAAUGAUUCCAGCAGAUUUAUGUGUAACGCCAACAAAAGAACCUAAAAGUGUUAAUGCAACAGCCAACACAGACAGCAUCCGGGACGAUGAUCCUGAUUGGAAAGACGAGAAGGUUCAGCAUGAUUCAUCUGGGGAGGAAGUUGUCCAAUCAAAUGCUUUCUCCAAUGUUAUGUUGCGAUCAACAGACGUAGAAUCAAAGACGAUAAUUGCUCCACAAUCAAUCGAUGCAGACGAGAAGGACCAUCACUCAAAGGACAUAUGUGGUGAACUGACCAGUAUUGAAUCAAACGAUGUUGAGUCUUUAUCUCCAGAAAGUAAGCGCUUAGAAGAAGAUGCUUUGGAUAAUGAUGAUUGUCGUAAUGAAAGUGAACAGGAAUCAUCGGUUAGUGAUGUACCGUUAAAGUAUGCACCUGAUAAUUCUUUGCAAGUUACUGAAAUUUCUCCACGUCUGGUCACAAGGAAUGCAUGUUCUCCUUUAAAAAGUGAAUGUUAUCAAGAGCAUAUUGAUCUGACUGCCAGUGAUCCAGAGCUAGAUCAAGCUGGAACAACACGUAACAAUGAUCAGAUUGAAACGAUCAGCGCAAUGGAUGAUACAGAAGAAGGCUCUGCUAACAAAAGAACUUCCGAAGGAGAACUUCCAUUAGAACAUCCUGAAAUUAGCACCGAUGUUUUACCUAUGGAUCAAGACGAAAGAUCUUCCAACUUCAUCCCUCAGCCGUUGGAUGAACAUGCUCUGAACGAAAAAGAACCCAACGAGCAAAUGGACGAUACGAAUAGAAAGGAGGAUUCGAUGUCAAUUGAGUCCGACAACUUUGCUGAACCUUCUACAAAAGAUUUUCCAAGUAAUAGAAACAACAUCCAGGAACAUAUUGAUCAAAGUACAGCUUGUGCAAAGGAUGUUGCAAUGUCAAGUGACUGUGACACCUUAAUUCAACCUUCCACAGAAAGAAACAAUCCUCAAACCCUGGAGUGUAUAGCAAAGAGCACAGAGUGUGCCCCACAGCAAUCGUCACAGCUCAAGCCCACACCGCAGCAAAACAUGGUAAAAGUUGUGCUUAGCAAUAGUGCGCUGUUAGAACUGUACGAAGCAGCCCCAAGAUUCACCGAAGUUUAUCCGCCAGCGCUGAAGUUGAUAGCGCCGAUCAAAUAUCAGAUGCCGACACAAGUGGCUGCCAAAAUAGCCGAACCCGUUAUUGAUCUAACGGAAGAUGACGUCCCCAAAAACGAUAAGACUGAUGUGGUUAACCAGGAGGAGCAGAAUUCUACACAACCUCCAGUAACAGUGCAUCCGCCGGCCUCUAAACCGAUGCCGAUGCCAUCUGCUUUGCUGCUCACUGCACCGAUGCACUGUAAUGCGCUCAAAGUCACCCCAGCACCAAACGGUGCUGGCCAUAUUAUUCCACCAACACCAACCGCUGGCGUGGGAAUGACUCCAUCGUUCAUACCUUUUCAAGCUGCCCUUACACCGAACGCGACCGGUGUGGCCGCGUACAUGCUAAAGAACAAUAGCUUCAUCAGCAAGCAGGCAAGAUUCCCGAACCUGUUAGGUUUCCCUGCCGGAAUGGGUACAAACUUAGUGCUUCUGACAAGCCCACUGAAAAGUCAAAUUGUACCCGAUAACGUGCCGACGUCUGCUUGCUCUUCAACGACUGCCACUCCAACCACACCCGCAAAAUCCUUCCGACUUGAGUCGGACGAACAGACGGACGACGAUGACGAGAGCCGAGUGAAGAAGCGUCGCUCUAAGCGUCUCGAGUCCGUGCGUUUGCACAAGCAGCUCGCAACACCGGAAAAGACGGACUCCGAUACGGAUACUACGAUCGAUCAGUCACCACGGGAACGGCGAAGAAGCAAUCGCUCCAGCCGGUCACUGGAUGGAGCAAACGAAAGUGAUGAAAUGGGUGAAAGUAGUUGUGGUGGUGGUGGUGGUGGUGGACGGUCACGUAGUUUCCGCAUUCGCCGGAAGCCGGAGUUUUUGAACAUUAAACAUCCAGAGAAGAAGAAGAAACGGUCGAAUGACGAAUCGUCAGAGACGGCCACGUGCUCGAAGCCUGCGGCGAGCGAACAUGUGACAACGACAGCGGCGACAACUUCCACCACGGCUGGCCGGUUAUUCACGAUAGCUGCCCCAGUAGGCUAUUUCCAGGCUCCAUUCGCCGCAACAAUUGGGACGAGCUCAAAUGCUGCAAUUAUUUCGCAACAGGAAAAGUACAAACGUAUCCUAACGUACUACAAGACCGCAAUCCAGCAACACCAACAACAGACCAGCACCGCGAACGCCGCCUUGCCCCAAUGGUACGACGUGAACUACGCCUACUCUGGCCUGCACAGCAUUAUUCAUCCACCGCCGCCGGACGUGAACCUGUGGGGCUGUGGCUCGACGUUGAAGCUGGAACCGCAGCAACCGCUGGAAAUUGAGUGCAAAUUUUGUUUCGAAAACUAUUCCCAACACAGCUGCCAAUUCUAUCCCCCGCAGCCGGCAGAGUUCACGGUCAAAUCAUACCGCCGCGGCAAGACGGUGGUCUGCGAAUGUUGUGAUUUCUCUGACGGUGAAAGCGAAAAAUAUCAGCCAGACAUGCCGGAAGCAGCAGCGUCGUCCCUUGCAUCGACAUCGAAAGCGCCUGCCGGUGACGGUGGUAAGACCAUUUCCUCCUCUUCUGCCGUUGAGCGAACCGAUUUGCUUGAACAAAAACGACGCCCGCUGGCAGACGAAGAAUCGAAGGAGGCGGACGCUAGAGUGACCAAGCGAGCGAAGUGUGAGUCGGAGUCGGCAGUGGGCGAUAGUGCGUCACCGUCCAACGUCACUAAAAAUGGAACCAAUGGUGCUGUGCAUAGGCCCAAGGUCAAACCGGGCUGGUACGGAAAGGGCUACCGGAAGCACCUGCGGCGCAAGAAGCGCACAAGUCAAGGGUGAGAAGUUGAGCCAGGUAGUAAGUAAAUUUACGUUUAGUUUGUGUGUUUGUCCUUGCUCUGCGACAAGGGCGGGGAAAGUAGUUUGCUGUAAUUAUUUCCUCAAGGUUAGCGUGCUCUUCAGCUCUAUGGAACGAAAGAUAGAAAUAGGAAGGUGCCUUGAGUUAGAUGAUAAGGGCCAACUUAAACCUGGACUGUACAGUUUUUCUUGCUUAAUCUUGGUGUAUGUUUAUUUUACACCACAGUGUGUGUGUGCGAAAGCUACAUUUGUAACAUUUUCCUUUGAAUGUUCCUUUUUUCAUAAGAAUUAUCGAUCGAUCGAUUUCUGUACAUACUUGCUUCGUAAGUGACGAUACUCAAAGCUCAUCCUACUCCUUUAUCGAUUCCCUCGCGGAAAAAAUAUGACGUAAAGAGAUAGAUUUGUAGUCCAGCAGCACACAGGACAGCGGUUGAAACGUUUAAUUAAUUACAUAAACGUGCGACCUGUUUUGUUUGUUUGUUUUUUACCUCCAAGCGUUUACAGCGAUCUCAACAUUUUGCCCUGUAAAAUAGUUUUCAAUCUUUCAUGCGUGUAUUUUAAAGCUGCUGCAUAAGCUAUAUUCCAUCUUCCACAUUUUGAAUUGAAGCGUUCCGAUCCCAUCUUACACGUGUUGAAAUUUGGAAUGAAAAACCGACGUUUUUUCAGCAGUGGGAGCAAAGUUUUGAUAAAGAAUCAGUUCUAUUUAUUUCGCUGCAUUUAUGCUUAGGCGAUGUUCAGUCGUCAGAGUUUUGAAGGAAUUCGGAAGUUUCAAUGUAGACAAGCUAGCUAGCAGUGGUGAGAACUAAGGUAAGAGUAAAAUAAACCUAUUGGCCAUGCUGUGGUGGUGAUGUGCAAGUGGUACGAAUAAAAACCAACUCCAUUCAAA